AAGAAUUGCAAAAAUUGCAUAUAUUGCAGACAUUGUACAAAUUGAAAAACACUGCAAAUCAGUAAGCAUUACCCAAGCAGCAUUACCAUUAUAAGCCAACCUCUUGGAGGACAUUUCUAACCUUACGUGGGAGAUCCUACGCAAUAACCAUUUAUAAUUUAACGACAAAAUGAAGCUCAAAUUAAACAUCGGGAAAAAGAAGAAAGGGUUGUUCGACUUUUCCAUAGUCGAAGGAUGCAAGUCCCUCGUGGGGACAGUCUUUGGAAGCGGUGUUGACAAAUAUUUUAGAAUAGUUAACCUUGCAAUAGUUGCAAUAUUCGUCACUAUUUUGAAAUACAUAUACUCUUUCGAUAUGAGAUAUGCAAGGAAGAAGGACAAAAACUUGAUUUACAUGUACUACGGAUUUUUAGUAUGUCUUGUGGGGUUCGCCAUCAGCAUUAACUGGAUAUACUUCGAGUAUUGCAAAAAUAAGAAAAAGGGAAGCUCCCCCUUCGAUGUUAAAAUGGGAAGUAAAAAAAAAUAAAUGAAAGGCCCAAUUUUGUCCUACGCUAUAUUUGUCAAAUUAUCACCUGGUUGAUGUAAUAUACAAUGGUUUAUAAUUCAGUAAAAUAUCCGGAUCUCCCUGUUCAACUUCCUUUUUAGGACUUUUUUUAAAUUUCUGUGAUUAAAUGUUUUGUUUAUGAAUUAUAAUAAGUACAUG